GUUCAGUCUACACUUUUCUUCUUCUUCUUCUUCUUUUUUUUUUUUCUUCUUUAUCUUUCAAUGCCUUCCGACUCUGCUUACAGCACGUUCGAGCUUGGCUCCGGCGACAGCGAGGGUCUCCUGACCGUCCGCCAGCGCCGCACCAGCCGCAAGACGAUUGCCCUUGUCGCAGCUGUCUGCCUUGCCGCUGCCCUUGCUGCGGUCAUUGCAGUCACCACGUCCUCCUCCGGCGACUCCAACAACGCCAAGCCCCACACUGGCGACAACGCUCAAGACCCCCCGGCCGUCCUCACCGCCCUCCAGGCCAGCAUCCUCGACACCACCACCAAGACCCUGACCCUCUCCGCCACGACCGUCAACAACGCCACCCUGUUUGGCCAGCUUGCCACCGCCACCUCCACCGACCCCAACGGCUCGAUCGUCCUGACCUCGGCUGGCUGCACCUUCAUUGGCCUUGACUCGUUCCCCACUCUGCUCUGCCAGGGCAGCGGCAACCUGCUUGGCGUCUCGGGCACCUUCUCGUUCCUCGCCACCGUCCUCUCGAUCAGCACUGCCGAGCUCGGCUUUGGUCUGUCUGCCACGAUCGGCUCGGGCUACUCGAUCGCCCAGGGCGUCCAGUUUGCCCAGAUGCCCGCCGACUCGUGGUUCACCCAGGUCUCUGUCAGCGCGAAGGGCCGCGGCUCGGUCAACGCCUCGACCACCGCCUUUGCGAUCGGCACCUACUCGUUCGUUGCCGGUGUUGUCGUCAAGGUCGAGGGUGCUCUUGCCACUGGCAACUCGCUUGCCGGCCUCGAGCGUCUCAACCGCACCUUUACGCAGUCGACCUUUGACCUGCUCGCCACCUUCCCCCUGAACAACCCCCAGGCUGCCACCGCCGAGAUUGACAUUGAUGUUGAGCUCCACUUCCGCAACGCCCUGAACAUUCUCGGCACCCAGGUUGACGUGACCCUCACCGGCGUCUCUGCCACCCCCGCCGUCGACAUCCAGACCCUCCUGACCCUCCAGCUCACCACCAACCCCGCCGUCUCGUUCGUCGCCUCCACCACGUGGGACUCGACCACCAACACGCUCACCUUCGCCGGCCAGCUCCUCGCCUCGUGGAACCCCGUCAAGUGGAUUAGCCUGGCCACCGCCACCCUCAACUUUGUCGUUGACACGUCGAACGCCAACACUGACAACCUCGGCUCGACCCUCACCUCGUUCAACUUUGACGGCGCCGCCUCCUUCCCCUUCCAGACCACCGGCCAGGGCGCUUCGCACCUCUACCUCACCGGCUCAAACAACUUCCAGGACUGGACCCUCGUUGUCUCUGUCGACCUUGCCACCGGCGACUCGACUCAGCUCCCCACCCUCCUCUCGACUGCCCUCGGCGGUGCUUCCCUCGGCGACAACACCCUUGCUGACUUUACCCUCAACACUGCCUCGGUUGUCCUCACCAUCACCACCAACGCCGGCGCCACCCGCGGUCUCACCUUUGUUGCCGACGUCAAGGUCGCCUCUGGCUCGCAGCAACGCCAGCUCCUCACCCCCGUCCUCGGCGACGGCUCUGCCGACUUUUCGCUGAGCGUCUACGGCCCCAUCUUUGACAACCUCCAGGUCAGCUCGGUCACUGUUGACUUCCUCGCCAACCUCGUCCAGAUCACCCCCGUCGUCAGCUACGCCAAGGUCGACGUCGGCUUCUCUGUUGGCCGCACCAACGGCGUCCACGCCAGCCUCGAUCUGACCCUCGCCCUCAAGAGCAACCCCCAGCCCGUCGUCUUUGCCGUCUCUGCCGACUGGACCUCGAGCACCAACCAGUUCACCUUCUCUGGCGCCCUCGCCAGCGCCUGGGUCGCCCCGUUCGGCCUCCAGUGGCUCACCCUGUCGCCCAUCUCGGUUGCCCUUGUUGUCAACACUGCCACCCCGUCGCUCGUCUCGCUCUCGUUCGACGGCAAGGCCUCAAUCACCUUCGCCUCGUCCGCCAUCCUCAACUCGUACGACAUCCACCUUGCCGGCACCAACGACUUUUCCGACGUUGUCUGCGAGCUUGUCGUCAAGGUCGACAGCCUCUCCAACGCUGUCAACACGAUCGCUGGCCGCGCUUCUGGCACCCCUGCCGCCACUGACGACCUCGCCUUCAGCUCGGCUGACAUUACCCUCGUCAUCAACACUGCCGCCUACACGGACUCGACCACCGGCCGUGCCUACCUCCCCGGCCUGACCCUCGAGCUCGACGUCAUCACCAUCCUCAAGCCCUCGUCGCUCUUCACCAAGAUGUCCACGAUCAAGGCUGACGCCGACACUGUCCAGUUCUGGUUCUCCAUGUACCUGCCCGUCUUUGGCGACAUGACCAAGGGUCUUGCCUUCACCCUCGGCACCACCACCAUCCCCGUCAAGCCGAACGUCAACUUUGACGGCUUCUCGCUCACCAUCGACAUUGCCGUCCCCUCCACCGUCACCAUCACCACUGGCGCCUCGGUUCUCUUUGCCAAGCAGAGCGACUGGCUCACGUUCGACAUUGGCGGCACCUUCUCCUCCGACGCCGAGGUCACCGUCCAGGGCAGCAUGGCUGGCGAGUGGGCCAACAUUGCCGGCCUCAAGGGCUUUGACAUUACCAACCCCUGGAUUGAGAUUGGCUUUGGCCCCUCUGGCAUCACCGCGUUCGGCGUUGGUGGCGAGAUCACCAUCGGCGGCGUUGUCAUUGACAUUAACGGCUUUGUUGACAUCACCAACCCCGUCAACGUCUUCUUCAUGACGGAGGUUGCCACCCUUGCCUUUGCCGACGUCACCCGCGCCUUCAACAACGCCCAGCAGGACUCGACCUACCCUGCCAUUGACGUCACCACCGUCCCCGGCUCCAUGAACUUCCAGGGCGUCUCGUUCGCCAUUGCCCCCGUCACCCAGGACUUUGUUGUCAACGACAUUAUCAUCCACUUUGUCGAGGGCGUCUCCCUGAACGCCUCCAUCGGUCUGAUUGGCAUUGACCACAUGGCCGUCUCGAUGGUCACCGACUGGGAUCCCCUGCACCCCAACUUUGAGUUUGCCAUCGACCUCAGCUUUGCCAACCUCACCACCGCCUUCAACAUGUUCAUGGAUGCCCUCCUUCCCCCGCACUACCUCCGCCCCGACUCGCUUGUCGACGACUGGGAAAAGUUCAUUUCGGACCUCUCGUACAUUAUUCCUCAGCUCACCGCGCUCAGCAUUGAGAACCUCUCGAUGAGCAACCUUGCCCACGGCAUCUUCCCCACCAUGUCGAUGACCCUCCAGAUCUACAACCAGCCCCACUCGGUCACCUUCGACCUGGCCUCGCUCUCCCAGCUCGUCGUCUCCUUUGGCGACAUGCUCAAGGACGGCCUCAUCGAUCUCCGCAAGCUCCUCGGCAUUCCGGACUGCAUCAUCUCGACCGACUGCCCCUCUGGCCAGCACUGCUCCCACAAGAAGGGCUCUGCCUGGCAGUGCGUCAGCGAGGUUCCCUCCGGCUCGGGCAACGUCCCGAUCUUUGGCCCCGUCACCUGCGUCUCGUCUGCUGAUUGCCAGGGCUCUCCCACCGGCAGCUGCUGCCAGAACGGCGAGUGCGUCAAGAACAACGUCGGCACCACCUUCUGCGGCUACUGCGACUUUGGCGGCUGCAACGACCCCGCCUCUGGUUGCAUCUUUGGCAUCUGCACUGGCUGCGUCACUGACCUUGACUGCUACUGGAGCGGCUCUGCUGGCCACCACUGCUCGAGCGGCAUGUGCGUCGCAUAAGCUCCCCCCCCUCUUUUUUGGUCCCCCGCAGACGCAACACGCAUUUCUCGUUCCUGCCUCUCUCUCUCUGUUCUGAUGUUGUUUGUUUCCCCUCCGGAUUUUGUUUGGCUUUUGUGAAACCUGAGCAACUGGCCGCUGUUGACUGUGUUGCUUGUGCUUCAGUUUUUGCCCCCAUUUCCUUUGUCAAUCAACAAGAUUGCUUUAUAAAUACUAUUGAUGUGCU